GAGGUGUUUGACGGCCAUAUAUUAGGAUUAGAAGCGAAUACAUUCAUAGGUCUAAUAAUAACAGUGUUUAUAAUAUGUUCAGUUUGUGUGGUUUGUGUUGCCAUUUGUUUGUGUAAAAGAGACCGAUUAAUACAACACCAACAGCAGAGAAUAGCACUGCAUCCCCAGGGCUCACAUCCAGCACUGGCACAUCCACAGACAUACUCAAGUGGAGAACAGCAGAGGUUCGCAACCUUACCAUUAGAGAGAAUUAGAGAUAAGCCGCCGCCAUAUCCGGGAAACUUGUUUACCCCCGCAGUCGGAAACGCACAUCACUCGCAGACUAAAGAGACCGACUGUGCCAUCACUGCCCACACUUCCACUGCCGGCGCGGGGGGAAUGGCUCUAGCCGUCCCCAUCUCACUGGGCGCCGGAGCUAUGGCUAAGUUCGUGACCGCAGCUGAAGAGGGAAAGCAAAUCUGGGACUUCAAUGUAGAGCACGGAGGAGAGGUGUUCAAGAAUGGUCUCAUUAGGUUGGGUCACCUCGUCCUUAAACCCGUGGCUGUGGUAGUCGGCGCCAAAACCGCUUUGACUGGUGCUGGGGUCGGCUUAUUUGGAACCGGUGUCAAGAGUGUUGGCGUUGGUAUGGAAGCAGUUGGAGCCAAAAUGGUGUCAUCCGGACUGGUAGCUAAAGGACUGGGACACCGAUUGAUCGCAAAGAAUUUACCCCCAUUUCUCAAAUAACUUUUUAUUAUAGGAUUCAUGACAUAUAAAAUCAAUUAUAAAUCACGAAUUAUAUAAAAUUUUUACAAAUUUGUUCAAAUUCUCAUUUUAUAAGUCA